CUCGACGAGACAUCACACCAGCAGCAUGCUAAUAUCGAAACUUUGCACGACAGUCGCAUUCCACAGCAUCAAUCGCGCUGAACAGGACGUCGUGGAAGGCAACGGCCUUCGGCCUGGAGGGCUGGAAGUGGCGGCGCGACAGACUUCAGCAAUUAUCGCGCGCAGUUGCCCGUCAUGAAGUUCUUCAUCGGGGACCUACCGGUCCUUUUUCCGUACCCGAGGAUCUAUCCGGAGCAGUACAAAUAUAUGUGUGAUCUCAAGCACACGCUGGACGCUGGAGGACAUUGCGUCUUGGAGAUGCCUUCGGGCACUGGGAAAACCGUCUCGCUGCUGUCUCUCAUCGUGGCGUAUCAGCAGCACUAUCCCGAGCACAGGAAAUUAAUUUACUGCUCUCGUACCAUGUCCGAGAUCGAGAAAGCGCUCGCGGAACUGAAGGCUUUGAUGAAAUACCGGACAGAUCAGCUAGGCCACGAAGAGGACUUCCGAGGCCUCGGGUUGACAAGUCGAAAGAACCUGUGUCUUCAUCCAUCUGUCAAGCGUGAGAAGAGUGGUUCCGUAGUCGAUGCCCGUUGUCGAAGUCUGACUGCUGGAUUCGUGAAGGAGAAGAAGGAACGUGGCGAAGAUGUCGAUCUCUGCAUCUAUCAUGACAAUCUCGACCUUCUCGAGCCCCACAACCUCAUUCCGCCCGGCGUCUGGACACUGGACGGUAUGCUGCGCUACGGAGAGCAGCAAAAGCAAUGCCCAUACUUCACCGCGCGUCGCAUGAUGCCGUUCUGCAAUGUCAUCAUCUACUCAUACCAUUAUUUGCUCGACCCGAAAAUCGCAGAGCGAGUAUCCAGAGAACUUUCAAAAGACUGCAUCGUAGUGUUCGAUGAGGCCCACAAUAUCGACAACGUUUGCAUUGAGUCUCUGAGCAUUGACCUGACUGAAGAUUCAAUACGAAAGGCAGCGCGGGGUGCUGAGAAUCUGGACCGCAAGAUCAAAGAGAUGAAAGACACAGAUGCCGAGAAGCUGCAGAAUGAGUAUGCAAAAUUGGUGGAAGGCCUCCGAGAAGCAGACACUGCUCGCGAUGAAGGCGCAUUCAUGUCAAAUCCUGCUUUGCCAGACGACUUGCUGAAGGAAGCAGUACCUGGCAAUAUUCGCAGAGCGGAGCACUUCACUGCGUUUUUGAAGCGCUUCAUUGAGUACCUGAAAACGCGAAUGAGGGCAUUGCACGUAAUUUCGGAAACGCCGCCCUCUUUCUUGCAACAUCUGAAGGAACUCACAUUCAUCGAGAAGAAGCCUCUGCGCUUCUGUGCGGAACGUCUCACUUCACUUGUGCGUACUUUGGAACUUACCAAUAUCGAGGACUACCAGCCUCUUCAAGAGGUUGCAACUUUUGCAACUCUCGCGGCUACAUACGACACAGGUUUCCUGCUAAUAUUGGAGCCUUUCGAAUCCGAUACCGCGACAGUCGCCAAUCCAGUACUCCACUUUACGUGUCUUGAUGCUGCAAUCGCCAUCAAGCCGGUCUUUGAACGUUUCAGCUCAGUCAUCAUUACUUCUGGAACGAUAUCUCCUCUCGAAAUGUACCCAAAAAUGCUCGGAUUCACGGCAGUUGUGCAAGAGUCCUAUCCGAUGACACUGGCUCGAAGAUCAUUCCUGCCAAUGAUCGUGACCAGAGGCUCUGAUCAGAACCAGAUAUCAUCUGGCUUUCAGACACGAAGCGAUCCCGCAAAUAUUCGAAAUUACGGCAAUCUGCUGAUCGAGUUUUCCAAACUCACCCCAGAUGGUCUCGUUGUCUUCUUCCCAUCAUACUUGUAUAUGGAGAAUGUCAUAUCCGCGUGGCAGACCAUGGGCAUCCUGGAUCAGGUCUGGAAGAGCAAGCUCAUUCUGGUCGAGACACCUGACAGCCAGGAGACAUCUUUGGCACUCGAGACUUACCGAACUGCCUGCAGUAAUGGUAGAGGUGCAGUGUUACUUUGUGUCGCGCGAGGAAAGGUAUCCGAGGGUAUCGAUUUCGACCACCACUACGGCCGGACUGUGCUUUGCAUCGGUGUUCCGUUCCAGUACACUGAGUCGCGUAUCCUGAAAGCACGAUUGGAGUUUCUGCGAGAAACCUAUCGCAUUCGCGAGAAUGACUUCUUGUCCUUCGAUGCCAUGCGACAUUGCGCACAAUGCCUGGGGCGCGUCUUGCGAGGCAAGGACGAUUACGGUAUCAUGGUCAUGGCUGACAAGCGAUUCGGCAAGAAGCGUACUCAGUUGCCCAAAUGGAUCGCCAAUGAACUCAUGGAGAGCGAUGCAAACAUGUCUGUGGAUCAAGCUGUUGCGGCAGCGAGGAAAUUCCUCAAGCAGAUGAGCAAACCCUUCCCUGGUAAAAUGCAGGAUGGAAUCAGUACGUGGAGUUACGAAGAUCUUCAGGCUCAUCAGGCGAAAAUGGAAGCGGAUACGAUGCGCGAUGAUUAUCAAAACGGGGAGUAUAAUGGCGAUCACCGUGUUCAUGGUGACACUGUCAUGGCCGAAGCUGAGGGGCAAGUCCGGGAACUUGAUGAUGACUUUGACAUGAACGAUGCGGACGAGAGUGCGAUGCUUCAAGCGGCUGCUGAUAUCAACCCAAAUGGUUCUGUGCCAGGCUAGUCCGCUGGUAGACCGAGCACAGCUUUGCCUUCAAAUUCUGGUUGGGCGGCGGCCAACAUUCCUUGGACCCUUGACGCAGAAGUACUGCAAUGGCUGAAUAUCCUCCCACAACCCUCACUCGACAGCAUACUGACAUAUGGGAAAUUGCCGAGCUGGCUGGUCGAGCAAUCACACGCAAACUCGACUCCAGCGACUGGUCAACCAGCAGCGAGCAUCAGCUGGAGGAUUAGCAGCAUCGCGUUGCUGCAGUGGCUCAAUAGCCUCUCACAUUCUGAUCUCGGGCAGCUGCUUCCGAUGACAGAGGAUAAAUUGGGUUCGCAAUGCCCAUUUGACAAUUGCGGACAAUGGCGGCAUCUACAUCCUAAAGGCAACUUUCGGGACCUCCGAAAACACUGGUUGCUGCAUUUGGACCAGAAACCAUUUGCUUGCCCGUGGCCCCAGUGCACGUACCGGGCGCGGCAGAUCCGAGACGUGAAAUGCCAUAUGGCCAAGGCAGUCCAUGAUUCUUCUGGCAUGGAAAUCGUGGGGAUUAGCAAAAGGAAGAGCCGUCCGUGAGGACAAUGGCGCAAAUUGCUACACGGGUCUCUGACUUAUGUAGCACACCUAAGGCAUUUUGUCUCAAUCAGCAAGCAAGGCACAGAGUACAGGUUACGACGAGAUCACAGUAAGUGUGUAUGUUUCCGAAUUUCUGUUUUGGUGUUUGCAGCUAGCGUGCCUGAAGCAGAUAGUUCUACAGCCACCAAGCUUGGACAUAUCGAGGCAACCUGAUAUGCGUCUCGGCCACUCCUCAACGUACACAGAAUAUGUUGAAUUCACGCG